GUUCCCCGUAAGAAGCCGCUGACCAAGAAUAAAUUUCGUCAUGUCUCUCAAAUUCAACGAGGCCAUUUCAAUUGUGGCAGAAAAACUAUUAGAAGCCCCAAAACUCAUAUACCAGACUUAUUCCCAGGAUGCAGCCGAAAUAUCCGCUAAAAUGGAUCAAGAACUAAUCAAAAUUAAUUCUAUUUUCAAGGGGACAGUGAGCAACUGGAAUGAGACAAUUGAGUUCUACAAAGCCGAAGUGCCAAAAUUGAAUGUUCCCUUUCUUCGGCUUAAGAUGCCAUUUAGAGUAGAGCCCGAACGUGUACUUGUAUUCAAUAGUGACAAGGACCAGCCGCUUAAUCUCAAGACAUCUGUAAACCAUCCAGCUGUUGAGAACGGAUAUCUAAACGGGGAAAAGCUGACCCAGCUUUUUGUCUGGGACUUAAAUAGAGUGAUAGACGGAAUUUCAAAGAUCACUUGCAGCAGUGGAAAAAUCUACAAGCUCUUCCUGAUCAAUGAGACUGUGUAUGACGCAUCGUUUAUAACUAUAGCAGCAAUGGAAAAAGACACAGAGGUCGAUCCUUCAUUUUCUUAUGAAUUUAUGCUUUCAUUUAAUUUUACAAACAAAUCAUUCCACUACUUAUUAUUUUCGAAUUUCUUUCGCCAAGUCGAAGAAGCCGCUGGCGAAUCAUACUUUAAGAAAGAUGCAAAAAAGCUGCAGGAUCUUAAAAUAUUGCUACAAACUCUUGUAAAUCAAUAUACAAAGAUAUCACCAUACGGUCUGCUAAAGGUAUAUAAUGCCAUGCAAAUAGAAUCUGAAAUUGGAUCCCAAUUGCUUGAGGCUAUACCACUUUGCAUUCCACAUCUACAAAACCCCGGACCCCUUAUAAGUGCUUACGGCAAGUUGUUGCAGUUGAAACAAUCGGACUCUGUGCAACUAUCAGAGCUCAAGGAAGUUUUUGGGUUAAAAUAAUGGCCUGAUUGGUAUUUGAUAAGAACUUUUGUAUAACAUAAGGUCCACGGAUUAAGUUUUUGAAGUUUAAGCGACUUGAAGGAGGUAUAUAUCCAUAUCGGAACAUUCAUUCUUAUAAUUCUUUUUUGCGCUAUCAAUAAUGUCGCUAAUAUGGUUUUGACAGAAAAACUUUUGAAUAAAAACCUAAUUUCUG